AUGGGUCGCUCAGGGGUUGUGGAGAAGAACAUUUGCCAGAACAUUUGUCCGAAGGGCAAAGUGGAGCUGCGUGAGGGGAAGAUUCAUGCCAGCAUCAUCACUAUCCAAGAUGAAACGAUUUGCAAGAAAAUGCCUAGUGUGGAAGCCAGCUACAAGUGGAUCCUACAAAUGAUGCAAGUGCCGGAGGACCCCAAGGCCGCUGCCCGUGCCGCAGCAGAGGCUGCAGUUCCGCAGGAGGGUUUGGCUGCACUUCCUCCACCCCCGAAACCAGUCAUGUCGCUUGAGCUUGCGCAAGACAUCACGAGCCAGAUGUUGACUCCAGCUGUGGAGUUUGGCCCACCUGUACCCUUCUCAACAGUUCUCCUUCAGAAGGGUGCUGUGGCAUCGUUUGCGGCAUGGCAAACCAAAUACCCAGCCAUCAUUGGGCUUCUAUUGGGAAAGGUUCAGAAGGGCCGGGUGGAGUGUUGGAAGAUCGUGACUUCCACUUCAGACAGCCUCCUCUCACUUAUGCAGCACAAGAAGAUCAGGAGAGUGUGCAGGGAGUCGUCUAUCAACACGAUUGGGAUGAUUCAGGGGCCAGAGCUAGACCGUGAGAGAACACUGGAGAACCUGAAGAUCCUGGAACAGGAUUCAAUCUCCUGUCCCACCUGC